AUGAAGGUGACCGCCUGCCCUCGCCAACGCGCCCUUACUCACCGGAACGACAUCCCCGCCGUCCUCGACCACCGCGCGCUGAACGCGAACGUGAACCUCACCGUAUUUCACCAAGUGAGCGGGAACCCUCAAGUUCACCCCCUCGCGUUGUCCGCUCUCUGUCUCGUCGAGCGCCUACUAUCAUUCGCACAGGUACAGGUCAUCGAGAAUCGCGCAGGGGCUCUCCAGGUCCAACUGUGGUUCAUGUUGACGAACCCGAACGUAUUCAAACGGCCUAGUGAAGUAACUCUACGGAGGUAUAGCCGAGCUACCCCGGAAGAGGAACACCACAUAGAGGUUUCUCGAACUCCUAGUCAUGUUUCUGCGCGGCGUUUAGUUUACGAAGAGGCAGACCGGCCGACUCCAGGCAUCACACGUGUGUCGACUCAGCGAACCGCUCGCACUGCUCGUACCGAGCCGAUCGCUCCACCUGUGGAAGAAGAGGAAGAAGACAUCCCUCAUAUUUCCGUUGUUAUUCAUUCAGUGGAGCAUGUGCCUACAGCCUCGCGCCCUCGGGCUGGUAUUCCUAGUGUCGCUGUGGUACCACCGGAAGAAGCCGAAGAGCCUUAUCUUCCCGAAGAACUGCCUGCGGAACCUGGAGUGAGGGGAAUUUAUACGUACUACUAUGGAAAUUCAGCGCUGCAGACUGAACGGUUUGGGGAACUCGAGCAACAGCUUACUGGUACGAUUGAUGCCUUGCGGGAUGGAGCCUUCUCUCCUUUCUACAGCUCACCCACCAUCACCGGCACCAAUGAGGGCGGUGUUGCCACGCGGAGUACCUCUGUUGCGUUCACCUUCACUUUCUCCUCCGUCAGUUACAAUGAGUGUCAGCCUGAGCAUACCCCGCCACGAGGUGCCUUCCCUGAUGUCGACCAUAGAGAUGAUUCCGUCCGAGGCUCGAGUACGAUUUUAACUCGCGACGUUAACCGUUUGUUGCAAAAUUUGCAUAACGCUGAUGCAGUUAUAAGAGAGGAGAACAGAGAGUAG